CAGCAACAAAAACAGUAGUAGCAAUAACAGUUGUAGCAAAAACAGCAGCAACAAAAAUAGUAGCAACAAAAAUAGCUACAACAAAAACAGCUGCAACAAAAACAGCUACAACAAAAACAGCAACAGCAAAAACAGCAGAAGCAAUAAUAGCAGCAACAAAAACAGCAAUAGCAAAAAUAGCAUGA